AUUUUUCGGGUGGAAUUUUUAUUUCAAAGGGAACACUGCCAGGGUUAGCAACAGAAGAUACCUUGCUACAAGUAUACCGGUACUACCAAGCGUGAUUGCGGGGCCAGGGCAAAUGCGACAUGGACCAAAUUAAUUUUAAAAAUGAGGAAGAGGUGAAAGAAUAUUUGCAAAAUACCGAGAUUGAAUUUAUGUUUGGGUGCGAAAAAGAGUUCAAUUCAGACAGUUGUGCCAGGCUUGGCAACUUUCUAGAAGUCGUGCGAAAGGACUACAAAGGUGCAGGCACUGCUUACAAAACAUGUUGCCAAACAUAUAGGAAUCCACUAUGCUGUUACAAAGCUGGUCAAUUUCAUAUGCUUGGAAAAGGUGGCUUGGCAAAAAGCCAGGUUGGGGCAUUCGACUCUUACAGAACUGCAUGUAUCCAGACCAAGACUAAAGAUGAAGGCAAAAAUGACAGAAUUGCAGCAAGCUGUUGCAACAUGGGCUUGUUGUUAACACAAUUUCCAAAACUAAGAGAGGAAUUUUGGAACACAACAAAGGAGAAAGUUGAUUAUUCAAAAGCAGACUGUAAAACUGAAAUCGGUAAUUUACCUACUGAUGCUGUAGAAGCGAUUCAAAGAUCAUGUGAUCUAAAUGACGCUGUGGGUUGUAAUUUUUUAAGCCAAUUAUAUAUGACUGGCUUCGAAAACCUAUGCAAAAAAGACUUUAAAAUAGCUGCUAAAUAUGCUGAAAAAUCCUGUGAAUUAGGAGACGCAGGUGGUUGUCAUAAUUUAGCUCUGAUGCAUGAAAGAGGAGAUGGAGUGCCAAAGAACCAGGCAAAAGCUGAUGAAUACAAAGCAAAAAAACUUGAUUUGUUAAAAGGAAAUACUUCACUACAAUUUGGUGCGCAUUAACUGUGAUAGUAACGCUACAUGCUGUGUUUGUGUUGUUAGGAUAAAAUAUUGUAAUAAUAUAAUGCCGAGCCGUUCGCAUCAGAAAUAUUUA